GUACCGGGUGUCAACGCGAUCAUCGACGACGGGACCAAGGAGACAGUUUGGCGAGACUACGUGGACAUCAGCAUCCCGAUUCCCAGUCCACGCGGAAUUAUUGCCUGUACUUUGAAAGACGCCCAGUCCAUGUCGAUCCGGGACAUGGAGCACGAGCUUGCAGG